UACUGUACCGCCCUCGAUGUCUCUGCCAUCGGCGUUUCGCUCACACUGAAUGGCUGCCUGGAGCGAGGAAAAGCGGGGAGAAAGAGCGCUGCCUCUCCUCCUUUGAACCAGCGCUGUCUGCAGCAACUUCCCAGCGAGGGGACCCUUUGGCGGUGUGCGUUGGCGCACCAUGGCCCAGACCCUCCAGAUGGCGAUCCCAAACUUCGGCAACAAUGUCUUAGAGUGUCUGAAUGAGCAGCGGCUGCAGGGCCUCUACUGUGAUGUCUCCGUGGUGGUCAAAGGCCACGCCUUCAAGGCCCAUCGAGCCGUGCUGGCUGCGAGCAGUUCUUAUUUCCGGGACCUUUUCAGCAGCAAUAACGGAGGAGGAGGCGGAUGCAAUGAAACCAGCCCGACUGUAGUGGAGCUCCCGUCAGCUGUGCAGCCUCAGAGCUUCCAGCAGAUUUUAUCCUUCUGCUACACGGGCCGUCUCAGCAUGACAGUGGGGGAUCAGUUUCUCCUCAUGUACACUGCGGGCUUCCUGCAGAUCCAACAGAUCAUGGAAAAGGGCACCGAGUUCUUCCUGAAAGUCUCCUCUCCCAGCUGUGACUCUCAGGGCCUCCACGCUGAAGAGGCCCCUCCUUCUGAGCCCCAGAGUCCAGUAACACAGACCGGUAACGGUGCGGCCCGACCCACGUCCUGCGUGACGCCGCUCUCUCUGGUGUCCCGAGUGAAGACAGAGCACCCAGCUAGCCAUCCAGAAGCCGCCACUCCUUACUCGGUGGUCUGCACUCCUGUCGCCAAGCGUCUGUGGGAGGGAGGCAGCAGCCGGGACGGAGGAGGAAUGGGUUCGGGCGGAGGAGGAGGAGGAGGAGGAGGGGCCAGGAAGGCCGCUCGUUAUUCCCAGGAGGCCGUGCGCGGCAGUGCAAUCCAGAGUCCUGGAGCCCUCGGACUGGCCAUGGGUAUGGGUGCCACGGCAACCAGCCUGGCCGGGAUGGUGGCCGGCGGUGGGCUCAGCAGCAGUGCCGGCACGAACGGGAGCUCUGCGGCCGGUCUCGGCAUGUCAGAGGGCGCCAGCCCCGGCACCCUGAGCACCUACGCCAGUGACUCACCCAUCAGCUACCACGAUGAUGAAGAGGAGGAAGAAGGGACGGAAGACUGUGCCGAAGAGCAGUACAGGCAAAUCUGCAACAUGUACACGAUGUACAGCAUGCUCAACAUGGGAGCCACAGGUGAUAAACCGGCUGGGGAGCGCGUUGAAGCUCUACCCGACCACACAGAGACACGGGGACGGAUGAGAGGCAGAGACCUAACAUGUCUCCCUGCAGAACUCAUCGCUCAGAUAGGAAACCGCUGUCAUCCCAAACUGUACGAGGAAGGAGACCCCGCUGAGAAACUAGAGCUAGUCUCAGGUACUUCUGUGUAUAUAUCCAGAGCCCAGCUGAUGAACUGUCAUGUGAGCGCAGGGACCAGACACAAGGUGCUGCUGAGGAGGCUGCUGGCCGCCUUCUUUGACAGGAACACGCUGGCUAACAGCUGUGGAACAGGCAUCCGCUCGUCUACCAACGACCCGAGCCGCAAACCCCUGGACAACAGAGUUCUGCACGCGGUCAAAUUUUACUGCCAGAACUUUGCCACCAGCUUCAAAGAGAGCGAGAUGAACGCCAUCGCAGCCGACAUGUGCACCAACGCCCGCCGAGUGGUCCGGAAGAGCUGGAUCCCCAAGCUGAAGCUGCUGAUGGCCGAGAGCGACGCCUACACCGCUUUCCUUCCCGACGUGGUCAAGAUGGAGGACGACGCCCUGGGGACGGACCAGUCCUUCGACCCCGCCUCCCUGGAGGCAGCCGGCGGCGUGGGCAUGGAAUCCGGUGGCUCUUCAGGUGAAUCACUACCAGGUGUGGGCGGGGACGGAGGACCCUUAUUUUGAACAUUGUGGAGGGGGAGGUUGAAAGUUUGGUGACACACAUACCAGUAUUCCCCGGCUCUGCUUGCCUCCUCACUCUUUUGGCCCACGCUGAUUUCUCACAUGUGACUGUCUGAACCACACUGCGGGGUCAACAGCUGUUGGCACCCUGACGUAACCAGGACGUGAAAACUUUAAUUCUCGCUUUAUGACUGUAGGAUGGAGUUAGUAGAGGAAAGGGAGGGAGUGAGAGGGUGUUAAGUUUUCUUCUAACUGCCCUCUGCCUCCCCUUGUCUUUUUAAGGUGUAUAACACAUCCACGGUUGCAUAUUAAAUACAUUCCCUGCAGGUGGGUGGAGCUGCCUGUGCAGCCUGAGGAGGUAAAGGUGGCUCGGAGGAGAGGGGCCGAGUAUAUUGAAUGUAAGUGUCAGUGGCAUUUUUUCUCUAUGCAAGCCUGACAACUUGUAUUCCAGCCUCGGAAAGGGAACUUAAGUAGAUUGAAAAAUGUAAAGAACACUACCUGUUCUCCUCCCCGUGCACCCUCAACUCAUCAACCUGCAAGUAACCUUCACCCUGCAUCCUUUAUCGAGACCAGAAAAUCUCACCCGAGUGUUUCACUGUGCAGUCUUACAGAAAUCAAUCUCAUCUUUGUUUUUCCAAAAUUUUCUUUGUCUAAAAAAAAGCGAGAGAAGCAGAGAGAAGGGAAAGAUCUUUUUACUGAGAUGAUGUAAAGAUAAUUGAAGGGCGACAGGUUAUCACAGAUGGUCAUAUUUUUAAGAGGAUAAACUAUAUUUAUACGAGUGCCCAUGCCAAGGAUAUGGUGUGAGCGAGGAGAGCGAGAGGGAUUGUUUUAAAAUCUCGAUCUUCAUGUUUUAUUGAAAGAGGUCUUGUGGAAAAAAGGAAAAGUGCUAUUUUUGCAGAAAAGAAGCGGUAUAUAUAAAAGCAGCCUUCUCAUAGGACCCGUAGUCGUUUUAUUUUUAUCUCACUUGACAGAAGCGAGGGAUGGAAUGAGCAGUGGAACUGCUAAAUUUAAAGCAUUUCAUCUCCCGCUGGCCGUCUGAAAAAAGGAAGAUUUAGACUGAUUGAGCUGGCCUGACUGUUUUCUAUGAUCUCAACGUUUGCCUCCUCUAAUUGAGCAAUCGGCCCCACCAUCUUUGAAGAUGACUGCAGAAAUACAAAGGUUAUAUCACGAUGUGACAAACACUCAGCUAGUCUCUUCUCUUUCCUGAAGUAACGAGAGAAAUCUGCUCGUCUGUUCACAAACUGUUGGAAUGUGCCUUUAAGUUGAAAUGAACAAGCAGAAGCCUGGAGGGCACAGUGAUGAUGAGGGGGGGGGGGGGGAUAUGGCUUGAAUCAAAAAGGCUUUAUGGUACGAUCAUGUGUGUGUGUGUGUGGACAGAUCUUUGGUUCAGAGGGAGGGUCUGUUCUGCAUGGCUGUGUGUUUCAGUAUGUCGUUUAUUCAUGUAUCUGACGCACCACCUCUAUGAUUUUGCACCUUCUGUGAGAGGUCGAGCGGACGUUUCUGCACCUUAAUGAGAAGAACCAGUGGUUCAUGCACCUUUUUGAGAAAUGUUGUGUAGCACCUGAAGCCCUUUCGAUGUUUUUCUUUCUUCUUCUUUUGUCUCUCACGUCUGCCUGUGUUUAACAAGUGGCACAAAAAAAAAAAAAACCCCGACUGUAAAUAGUCCAGAAGACUGUUGAGUCGAAUCCCAAGUGUUCUUCCUUUCUGUUGCUGGAUGCACCUGAAUCUUAUGACACGUCAAUAACUGACCUUUUUAUGUGAACGUUGGUGUUUGUGGACGCAUGUUGACCUGUCGAUGACACGGGUUGGUACAGGGGGGGUUCAUUGUUGUAGCGAGGGCCGAUACAAAGUGACAGAGUGUGAUUCAGGAGCUGAAAGCUUUCUUCAAACGACUGAUUACUUUCUCCUCAGAGGCUUUGCUUAAAGGUUUAUUUUUUUCUGAAGACAAAAGAAAAAAGUUAUUUUUUUCAAUCAUGAUUUCAAUUCAACAAGAGGCAUGAUAGAUAAUAUCAUCAGGCUGAGUUCCCUGAAACAGUUUGAUGGACUGAUGUAAAGACAGAUCAAAAAUGCAGUAAGUAUCAUGUUAAGGGUAAUACCAACAAAACCUCAGUAAGCUUUGCAUUUGACUGUAGAUGCCACAUGAGCAUCCCUCCCCCUCUUACCUCUUUUAAAAACUGCUUCACGCAGCUGUUUCAGGUUUCACUUCAUCCAGUCUGUUCAUGUGUUUCACAGAUGCAAAGCAGCGGUUUAAUCGGAGCUCUAAUGUUAAAUAUGCCGAGUGUCUUUUUCACCAAGUUUACACUUACAGCUUUGUGUGUUUCAUCCCAGAGACUGUUUAAAGACCGGGCAGCGGCAGGAGGCUGAGGCCUGAUGUCCAUUUGUGUAAACGGUCUGUAACUAUUGCGGUACCUUUAGUUAGCAUCUUUGCCCGUUUUUUCUGUCAGAGAAUUCAUUUAAAGUUUGAGUUUAUGUUACACAGAAAACCGGAUUUUAGGUUUUAAAAAAAAAUUAUCAAACUAAAUCGAUGCUAGGUUCAGAGAUGAUCGCUUCGGAGAUGAUCGCUUCGCGUGCAAGAGUGAAAGGACAAAGAGAAAUCAGAAAACCAGGAGCUCUGAAUUUAAAGUUGGGACGGUCAAUCGAGCAACUCUAAUUUAGCAAAGUGGCUCCUAAAUCUAGCGACGCUCCUGUCCCCAAAGAACUGAAAUCAAACCGGUGAAAACCACCUGAUUUCAUUCAUAAGACGACUGUUAUUGCUAGAAGAAGUAUUCAUGCAACACAGGUAAAGAAGUGUCUGAAGUUUCUAAAAUCAUUAUAAGCUAAUCAUUAAAAACGAGACCGAUCGAGGGCUCACACGAGUUUCUGACGGUUCCACUGUGACCUCCUGAAUGACUCCACUCCGAGUCGCUCGCUUGGUGCUGCUGAAAUCAGCAUCGAUUGUAAGAAAACACGGGCCGUCUCAGAUACAGGCGCAGCAUUGGCCCCCUUUUACGGAUCGCAGUUCUUCAACAACGCCAGGACACAGUCCCCCGCUUCACUCACGCCUUUGUACUCACACACUGCAUCUGUCUGUAACGGGGGAAGAAUGGCGUCCCAGCAUGUGAGCUCACAGUGGGAGCUUCACACACACACACACACACACACACAGCUUCAACGCUACUCAGCACCACAGCCCCCCCUCCAUCAUUACACCUCUGUUACUACAUCCGAUGGAGGAUCAGGGACGCCCCAGCAGGGUCGUAAAGUAACCCCUCCCUUCAACUGGCAGUCUGUAGACUUAACCAGAUUGUUUUUCCUGCAACAAAGCUUUACCGCCAUGUCUACACGAUGGCGUGAUAUCGGCGUCCCAGUGUGUGAUUUCACACUGCGUGGAAACAGCAGGGGCUCCACAUCCACACCGCGCUGUUCUCCUGCUGGCUCCGCUGUCUUCCAGUGAUUCCGGCUCGCCUCCGUUACUACCUCUGACGACGGUACAGAGGUGGUACUACGCCGUCACCCCGUUACACCUCUGUGACAUUCACACUGAGGCGAGGCGUAGCAGGGUGGGUUGGGGGGUCGGGGUUGUGUGUAAAUGUGGCACCUUGAGCAGGCAGUCUAAACAGGGUUUCUAAACACUGAGCCGUCAGUUUAUCCAUCGGUGCGUCACGAGCAGAGCUUUUAUUAAAUGGCGGGGUUAGGAUGGAGCAGAAGUAACCGUGGUUACGCCACAUCAGGGGUUUUACUCAAAGUCAGGGCCGACUAUCAAACGGUCGAGUCGUAUCACUCAUAACAUCCCAAUCGUCUCGUUUAUUUCCCCCCCUCCCCGCAUCAUUAGGAGUGAAAAAACGUUUUGUUCACCUUCCCACAUGUAGACCUACACACCUGAACGGAUAAGGUGCGGCACGGCAUGGGGAACCUUUUGUCACUGAGCAGUACAUAUAUAAAUAUGAUAAUACACAUGUAUAGAUAAAUACUGUAUAUUAUAUAUAGACGCACACAUAGAGGUCAGAUUGUUUGUUGUGCACUCGCAGCAUGAGGUAUAUACUUACCCAGAAACAACGCUUUCUCACAACCUGUGCAGAAACUGGUCUGCCCCACGUCUUGACCCCUGCUCCUUCCCCUCUGUAACCCUGUAGCACCAGUGGACAUCCUGUACUUGUCAUCCUCCUUCUCUCUGUGUUCCAAGUGCCAAUAACUUUGUGAAAGCCCUGUAACUGUGACCCAACAUUAUCAAAGGUAAUUGCACAUUAACGACUGUAAGAUAAAUAAAUACAAAUCAUAGAGAAAUGUCGACAUGGAUUAAAUAAUAAAUAUCUUAAUAAAAGAUUUGUAACAA